AUGUCGGACGUCCACAGCCAUGCGGCCCAGCCGGCCACAGAUAUCGAAGCGAAGGCUCAUGACAAGUAUGAGCUCAAGGAAGUAGAGGAGGCCGACUUGACUGUCCCUGUCCAGAAUGCUGGAUCCGAUAGAGAGGAGAUGGAACCAGAGCUCCACGCCCGCACCUGGAUCGCCCUGGCGGCACUUUUCCUGUUGAAUUACACCCAAGUCGUGGCUCUCCAGGGCCCUUCUUCUGUUCUGACGUACAUCGGUACGGACCUCCACAACACCGAAACCCAAGCGUGGGUGGUUGUGGUCCUUUCACUUGUCCAAGGCGUCAUCGGGCCCAUCAUUUCCACUGCAUCCGACACUUUUCAAGCACGCAAGUUGUUGCUCGUCGGAUCCAGCGUCAUAUCCUUCAUCGGCGCAUGCAUCGCCCCGGGAUCCAGCGAUAUCUAUCGACUCAUUGGUGCCAAUGUCCUCAUCGGUGUUGGCUUCGCAUCGGUGCCCCUUGCUUAUGCCGUUCCCAGCGAAAUUGUUCCUCGGAGAUGGCGUCCGUUGGCUCAAACCGGCGUCAAUAUCGCCGCCAUCCUGGCGACGAUCUCGGGCCCUUUCACGAUUGGUGCGCUGACUAAACGCAACGCCCACACCGGGUGGCGGCAAUUCUAUUGGUUUCAGGCGGCGCUUUGGGGCGCCACUACCAUCGUCAUCUUUGUGGGCUACCGGCCUCCCAAGCGACAUGGCAAUUUUGAUCACCUGUCCUUCUGGGCCAAAAUAGGCCAUCUGGACCUCAUCGGAUGUGGGCUCCUCACGGCUGGAUUGACCCUGUUCAUCACCGGCGCCAGUCUGGGCGGGGGCCUGUACAGCUGGACCAACGCCCGCACUCUGUCAACCUUGAUCAUUGGAAUUAUCGCCCUCAUCGCGUUCGGGAUCUAUGAGUGGAAGGGCACAGAGACGGGCAUCCUACACCACGAUCUGUUCCGGGGCGGUCGCAACAAGGGACGAACCUUCGCCAUCUGCGUCGGUCUGCUCUUCCUGGAAGCCAUCAUGAUUUUUGGCUUUGGCCUCUUCUAUCCAAUCCUGUCACAGAUGCUCUUCACCGACGAUCCCGUCCUGGUUGUCGCCCGCUCCCAGGCAUGUUGGAUCCCGGCCCUCUUCUCCACCGUCCUCUGGGGAUUCAUCAGCACCCACUUCCGAACCAUUCGAGAGCCACUGUUCGUAGGCUUCGCGGUAUUUACUGGCGGCUUGAUUGGUCUCGCCACCAUCCAGCCAGGCCAGUCCAUCAGUGCCAUCGCGUUCUCCUGUCUCAUGGGCGUCGGGUUCGGCGCCCCCCUCAUCCUCGUUGUCACCGGCGUCCAGCUCUCCACGCCGCACAAGUUGAUCGCCACGGCCACCGCCUGCACCACCUCCUCCCGCGCCGUGGCCGGAGCUAUCUUCUCGGCGAUCAACGCUGCGGCAUUCAACACCCGGUUGAAGAGUUACUUGCCUGAAUAUGUCGCGCGGGCUGCGUCGGCCGCGGGACUCCCCGUCGCGUCCCUCCCCGAGUUCAUCGAGGCCCUGGGCACAGGUGAUAGCGCGACGUUGGCAACAAUUCCAGGCGUAACUCCGGCUGUCAUUGCCCAGGGAGUGCGUGCCCUGCAGCAGGCUUUUGCCGACUCUGUUCGGAUUGUCUUUAUCAUCGCGGCGCCCUUUGGAGUCGUCGCCUGCAUUGGCUGUUUGUUCCUGGGCGAUUUGCGGGAGACCAUGAAUUACCGUGUUGAUGCUCCGAUCGAGGACCUACAUGCGUAA